AUGGAUAAGACCUAUAACCCGACGCAAUCGGCGCCUGUCAUACGUCUAAUGGUCCUCGAGACCGACAAGCCUCACCCAGACACAUACUCAGAGCGCGGCUCAUUUGGCCGGAUUUUACACAAUCACUUUGCCAGAGCCGGGCGUGCCCAUCAUCCGCCUCUAGGCGUGGAGACAGACCAAGUCUUUGUCGUGUCCGAACAAGGCGGCCGGAUUCCAACCGUGGAAGAUUUCAAUCGCUUUCACGGGCUCCUGAUCACAGGGAGCGUAUACGAUGCCCAUGGAAACAACCAAUGGAUCCUGGAGCUGCUGGAGCUUCUCAAGACCCUCUGGAUCAAGCGUCCUGACUUUCACUUCCUGGGUGUUUGCUUCGGCCACCAGCUGCUCGCCCGCCUCCUCGGCAGCUCUAUUAAACCCGCACCCUCGCAAGACUGGGAACUCGGUCACUGUCGCAUCACUCUUACCCCUGUCGGCCAGCACCUCUUCCGUACAUCAGACGAACACGUCUAUCUACACCAGAUGCAUCAAGACCAGGUCGUCUCGCCGCCCACGGCUGGGUCUGCGGGACCCGACAUGCUCUCCUCGGACACGGAGGUCGCUUGCUGGGGCCGUAGUGAGCAUACACCUGUUCAGGGCCUGUAUAUUGCGAACAGGCUAUUUACCACGCAGGCACAUUUGGCCUUUGACGAGGACAUGGUAAAACGACAAAUCCAGAUCAGAGUGGACAGUGGCGGGAUUCAAGACCUCGAGCAUGCGGAUCGGGCGGCUGAGACGGCGCAUCUGGAGCAUGAUGGCGUUGAGGUUGCCAAAGCUAUACUGCGGUCGUUUGUGUAUGACGACGAUGAAUAG